CCAUCCGCUCCCGCAGCCGCCGCUAAUGCUAUCUCUUCGUUCCCUCCCAACUCCUCCCCUCCCUUCCCCUGCGCGGAGCGCCGGCGGCCAUGGUGCGUCCAGACGGGCGGCGCGCGGCGCGCGGCGGUGGGCAGCCGGUCGCGGCCAGGCGUAGGAGGCUGGUUGCGGCCAGACGUGCGCGGGCGGACAAGCGGCCAGGUGCAGGCGGGGGAUGGCCAGGCGUGGCGGCGGGCGCCCUAGAAGGCGGAGGCUGCCAGGGGCGGGAGCCGGCGACCAGCGGCCGGUGGUCAAGGAUUGUUGGGCCACCGUGUCGCUCCGCCGGUGAUGCCCUGCGCGUGCAUCUCGGUGCCUUCCAGCACCCGAGCCGUGGUCUGCGGGACAGCGGCGGCGGCAGCCUCCCCGCCGAGACCUCCCUGCUGCCGCCGAUGCCUCCCCAGCGGCUGCCGAUUCGUCUCUCCGGUCCGUGGAGGAGCCGCAGCAUAGCCCCAUGGCGACAGUGUGUGGCAGGGAUGCAAGCCGCCGGCAAGGCGGCAACCACCUACAGGUUGUGGCAGGAUGGAGCAGAUGCCGACUCCACCAAAUCAGCGUCGACUGUAGUUAUUUGUCCUAAUCAGAAAAUGGAUGCACUGUUUUCAUUCAACUGAAAGUGCUAGCUCUAUAUUCUGCAGAUUAGCUUGAAGUUUGCUGAAAGUAGAAUCAUGGAUCCAGAUCAUGUUGUUUUCAUGGAAAAAUGAUUUCUAUAAGAAAUACCUUGCUUUGCAUCUUCU